CUAUCUUUCUCUCCAUUCAACUAAGGAGAAUCAAAAUGGCUAGUUUAUCAAAUUGAGAUAUUGUUUUGUAGAUUAGGUUCUACCUCAAUUUAUUUUGUAUUACAAUAAUUGGAUAUAUAGUGGAGUACAGUGGAUGUUUUUUUAUCAUAUGAUAGUUUUGACAAAAUGACUAGAUCAAGAUGCUUAGGAGGGCUGAAAAACGAUGUUUUCGAUAUGGCAUCAUCUUGCUGUGCAGUAUAUUCUUCUUAUUCGCAUUGUAUUCUCCUGUUUACCAGCCUUCUUCACAGAGGGAAGUGAUGGUGCAGGGUUGGGAGACAAAUAUCAGUCGGAAUACCCGCCAAUAUGUUCUACCCGAGAACCUGACCACCAUCAUCAACGUGAACAACCUGUGCCCUCCAGAUCUGCUGCUAGUGGUGAUCGUGUGUUCCGCUCCUGCCAACUUCGAGCAGCGCACAGCCAUCCGUGACACCUGGGCAUCCCUAGCUGAUCACUCUGCUAGAGUGGCCUUUUUGCUGGGCGAAUCUGAUAAUGCUACAGUUCAAGCUAAAAUUCAAGAUGAGACCAGUAUGUACGAAGACAUCAUUCAAGAAGGUUUUACAGAUACUUAUAACAAUCUUACCAUCAAAUCCGUUAUGAUGCUGAAAUGGGUUCAGCAAAACUGUCCUGCUCAGUUCCUGAUGAAAUCAGAUGAUGAUAUUUACCUCAAUCUCCCAGCUCUGACCAAGGCGUUGCGGCCUGUUGCUGAGCGGAAAAACAUCCUUGUUGGUUCUCUCAUCUGUAAAGCGAGGCCUAUCCAGGACUCAACUAACAAGUGGUAUACACCUCAAUACCUCUUCAGUGAGCCUUUCUAUCCCAACUACUUAUCUGGCACAGGCUAUGUAAUGUCUCAAGAUGUCGUUCCUAAACUAUAUAAAGCUGCCCUAAAAACCCCAAUCAUUCACCUAGAAGAUGUUUAUAUAACAGGUAUAUGUGCUCGUGUAGCUGGGAUCAAGCCAAUCAAUCAUCAUGGCUUCUUUUACCAACGCAGAAAGCUUUCCGACUCGUGCAGGUCAACAGUAUUUACCAACCAUCGGAUGUCUCCUGAGGAUCUCCGCACCGCCUUCUCGUACGUUUCUAACUGCUCGUCUACCCUGACCACGCCCCGUGCCCCUGCCACACUGGUCCCCACCUCCCACGCCAUCGUCCAUUCACGCUCCAGGCGUCUGUCCCUCGCGGGCCAGUGUCACUAACGACGACAAUUCACUUGCAGUAACUAUUCAGUGCUCAAAGCUCUAGAAGUAACGUUUUAAAGUUUAAAGUCGGGGUGAAACAACAGAGUUUUAACUGCAGGAAUGUUUUUGAUCUCUAGCUUUUUUUCUGGAUGUUGAAGUUUUAACGAGGAUAUUGUAAAGUUUCUUUAAAUAACAUAUCUUUAAAACAUUAGUUGAAACUUUUUACAUAGACUGCUUAACAUUACCAACGCUUUUAGCUGCCGCUUAUUUUCUUAAGGAAUGUGAUAGUUUCUGAAUCUAUGUAGGUAUAAGGUCUUCUUACAACUGCCCACAAAUGGAUCUAAGUAUUACUAUUUUCCGUACAGAAGUUAUUAGUUGGUCCUCAUGUUGAAGGCCGUUUUUAUGAGAUGUUUACGUUGUUAUAGCACAAAACACUUGACGUCAGAUGGUGUAUUUUUGAAUGCACAUCAAUCAUUGAGCACAGUAGUCAUAUGAGCUGUGAUUUUGUAUUGUUAUUAAUAAUAAUUUUGUGUUGUAUUUAUAGGAACAGGUGGUACAUUGGUUAAAUGUAGGCAUAUUGUUUUAUUUUUAUGAGUUUACUUUGGAAUAACGAGUUGAUAAAUACUUCCUCGAGUAACUGAUGCAUUAUCUUAACAACUUUCAGAUGCAGAAAUUUCCCCAGGAUUGUAUUUUCCCGUAAUUUAAAGAUUGAAUUGAAUUUGAUUUAAUUAAUUUCUCUAACAUUCUGUUAUAAUAGGCUGGAAAACCUUUACUUUUUUAAUUAAUGUUAUGCUAUUUAACAUCGUAAUGAAUUUUAUCUACUUAUUCAAUGAUAUUUUUGUUGUAAGAGGUUUUAUUUUGUUAUUUUAUAUGUAAGUUUGGAAAUUUAUAUUAAAACUAUAAGUAAUGUAAAUAAAUAACAAAUACCCUAUGAUCUUUUACAGCUGCCUUAAUGAUAAAGACCUAGACUUAUGUUUUUGGAUGAUUCCUGUCAAAAAUAUUUAAUUACGUUAUAAAGUAAUUAAUGAAAUAUAAAAAGUGUAAAAGUUCAAAAAGUUCCUUAAAAUUGUAACGAUGUAUUAGUUUCAGUGUUAAAAACGUGUUUUAAAACGGAUUAGUAAAAGAUGUUCCAUAAUAGAAAACUACCACAAUUAAGUAAUUUUUUGGUCUAUCGUCAAUGAUUGGUAUAAAGGGAAAAUUCAACUGAUUUACAUUUAAAAUGCUUUAAUGUAAUGGAUUCAUAAUCAUUUUUAACUGAUUGAAGACUUAUUCCAGGAAGUUUUGAUUAUAUGCCAUAUGGGUAAUCUCCUCAAAAACAAUCUUUAAAAUAACUGUAAUGUUAAGAUUGUUAAUUCAUUAUGUUUUUAUGUAAAUUUUCUAAAUUAAAUGUGGAGCAAUGUUUUUCUACUUGUAUUUCAAAAUCUAAAACAGGUUGAUGAGAUUUGAUCACCAAAUGCAUUUUCCCUGUUACUUUUUUGUACUGAAUAAAUUUUCAAUAUAUUUAAACUGACGUUUGGGUUUUGUAAAGUUGUUGUUGUGGUACUUUUUAAGUGUUAAACUUUAAACGCACUACUUUGAUUGGCAUACUGUUAACCAAAAUAUGUCCACUGAAAACCAUCCAUGCAAUAAUUUAUACUCCAAUAAUGUGUAUAUUAGAGUUGUUUGUUUUUAACUCUUGACAAGCUGUUGUUUGGUGUCAAAUUUUCAUAUUUUAAUGAGCAACACUAAACAGUAACAAAUACCAAGAAAGAGGAUGAAAUAAGUGGAAAUAAAACAAAAUACUGAAUAAUGAAAUAAAGUCAUGUGAUAUAAAUAUUUUAUUCUUAGAAUCAUUAACUGCUGUGCCACUAAAAAAGCGUUUUGUCCAAAAGCUGAGUUAAGUUAGAUUGUUACAUUUCAUUACAGAGAGGCUAAUUCUGAUUUUCGAUUCUGGAAUUUAUCUACUCCCUGCAAUCAUCGAUUCUUCUCAUCCUAGCUGGUACAGGUUAAGUUGAAAGAAUGGAAAGAAGGGAGGAGUUAACUCAGCCACGUGUUUUCUACUUGGGAGAGCAUAGAAGUAAAGGGAGUGUGUAAAAUGUUGUGAUAACGUUGAGAAAAGUCACCAUAACCAAUCCAACCAAUACCCAAUAAGUCGAAUAUUUGGAAAAAAUAUUAAUUCAAAUGGUUUGUUUAUAUUUUAGUCAAGUGUAGGACAAAACAAAUAAAUGGAAAAUAUUUUAUUCACAAAAACAACCGAACUUGUAAAUAUAAUUAUUGUAAAACUUAAAUUUGUUUUCGUAGUUAAAAUGUAGUAUUGAAUUGUGUAAUCGUCCUCUUGUUGCCUUGUAAUGUAAAUUGUAAUCCAGGAGUUAAGUGACUUGUGAUUUGAGGAAGCAAUGCUAGAGUUACUGAGGGUUAUAAAUGGCUGGGCUUAGGGCUGAGAGUAGUUUCUUCUUUGCAACUGACUCAAUUCCCUGUUAGCAGAAAUUUGUCAAUAGAUCAUAGUUUAAUGCUGUGCCAGAAAAGUGCUGAGCUGACAAAAAGAAAUGUACGUUACAAAAUGUGAUAACGAUAACCGUUCUUUCCAGUGGUGUAACAAUGUUCAUCAUGUGAUGUGGUUUUUAGGUGGUUUACACAGUUGUAAAAUUUGACACGAAGACAUCACUAAUCAGCAGUUGUGGCAAUCUAAUUUCUGGAAGUACAAACAUACAAAAUUGUCAAAAUAUUUGGGGGAAUAUCACAAUUUUUUCUAUCAUACCUUGCCUUAAGUAUCCUUCACUAGAAAAUGUGUUGAGUCACAAUGCUUCGUCUGUCAUGACAAUUUAGCAAAACACAACAUCACUUUACUCCUCUCUACUAUUUUCAUUUAACUCUCUGUGUAUUUUUGUUCGCUUAAGUUGUCAACUCUGAACAAAAUGAAGGUUUUUUAGUCUCUACAAUGUGUUUGGUAGCACUGUACUGCUUGGUACCCUACUUGUUGUCAGGUGAUAGCAAAAGUGACGAAAGUUGCCAAUAUCCAUACUGAAAGUGGUUUCCUGUAGUGGACAGGAAGGGGUUUGAUUUGAAGGUUAUAUUAUAUUAUACAAACUGUUGAUAUUAUUGAAAGUAUUUGUCCAGUCUCAGCCCAGAUUGUUUUAGCCAUAUCUAGCACAAAAUAGCAAUCUAAAGUCAACUAGUGAAGAGAUCGACAAUUGGAUUAAUUUAACCCGUUGGCAACUGAAUUAAUAUUCUGCUGCUUUGACCAGUUAUUACAAUUAAUUUUUAUGAAAGUAUAGGAGUUCUGAAGAAUAGCCAUUAAAAUGUUAUUUAAUAAGAUAUCUAAUCUAAAUUUCCACCAAAACGUUAAUAAAACCUUGUUGAACAGAUUCGAAAGGUUCUACAAAGCUCUUUAAAAUUGUUAAGGUGAAUUUUUUAAGCUUUUAUAGAAAGACAAAUAACCCUCGUAUUCAGGUGUUCUAUGCACGUAAUAAAAUUUGUUUUCUAAACCCUGCAGAAUAUAUUGCCAUGCAAUCUUUUGGUAACCAACUGUGAUGAUAUAAAUAAGUUGAUUUUAGAUGACAGGUGUAUAUGAGUUUGUUUGGCUCACGUUCCAAAAUCUCCAUUAAAUGAAUUCUCGGUUAUUGUUAUUUUUGUGAAAUAAUUUAUGAGUGGCGAUGUUUUGUAAGUGUGGUGUUUAACUGUUGAACGAGAUCUUCAAGUUGUUUGAAUAUAAUAGAGUAUUAUGAAAACUAUAGUAACAAUUGGAUUAAACGAAUGAAAAGACAAUUCAAUUAUGUAAUAUAUUGUAUUGAUCAAAUUUGGUUGUUGAAGGCAAUAUGGUCUGUCCUAGUGAAUCAAGUUUAUUUUUGUAUGAAAUUAGCUUUAAUUACUCAAUAUAAUCUCAUAGGUCUUUUAAUUUUUUCACUUUCUAUGAGUAGACCGUAGCCAGUUACAAUUUUCAAUUUUCAGAGCUGUUGGUUUUAUUGAUGAUGUUGAAGUAGAAGUUUGAUAGUGAAACUGAUGUUGAUGUUGAUGUGUCGUAUGAUGCAAGAGAUGGUGAUGUAUUGGAUUGAGUCGUGUAACUCCCAUGUGGACUUUACUACUGAACUGAUAGUAAUGGUACACAGCUGCUGACAUGUACAUAGGUUGUAAAUUAUUGUAAAUUGUUUGUAAAAACAUUUUUUAAUUUAUAAAGUGUAACUGUGUAAAAAUGUAAACAAAAAAUUAUACACACCAAAUAGGUAAAAUUUGUAUAAUAUUCUUGCCAAAAUAGGCAGUUUAAAAUUGUAUUACGUUAGUUUUUACUAUUUACUAAACAUAAUAAAAAUAAUAGCAUGCAGAUUAAACAUUUUAUAUUAGUUUUAAUAAACCUUAAAAGACAAUUAUUGUGUUGAUAACUUGAGCUUCAACUCAGUUUUGAAUAUUAAGAUACAGUUUGAGCAGCCUUAAAAACAAGCUUUAAAACAUUUUUAAGUGGGAUUCUGUAUAUUAUUUCUAAGGAAUCGGAUUCAAACUCAGAAUCAGACUGCAGACUAAUUAUGAAAUCAAAAUCAGAACCAUUUCCGUUUUACAGAGUACAUGAACCGUUUUCUUCUUUGAACAUUUUCUUCGAAUUUUAAUUUUACUUUCCUUCACAUUUUCAAGUGAUACGUAGAGAAAGCUCUGGUCUUUAUUCCAGCACACCUUAUCACCAACAGUUAACAAUGCUUCUCUCAGACCAUAAGCUAUUGCAUUAUAGGUAAUUUUAAUUCAUUACAUCAUUCAGUCUUAUACAUAAGCAGCUGUGUAGUAUAACUUACAAAGCCACUGUUAAUAGAUUAAACAAACAAUUUGGAGUUUGUAUUGUACAUUAGGUGGUUUAAUGAUUUUAGCCAAUAAACAGUGGUAUUAGAACUCAAUAGAGUGUUGAGUGAGAGAUUGAAUAUAUUUUUAGUAUAAGAAAUAUAGAUUAUGUUAGUACAGUUGACUGCUAAGAAACAUUACUAUUUUUGUACGUUAAAUGUGCCGUAGGCAUAGUAGAGCUGUUUAGUGUAAAAUAUAUUUACUGUUGACUUGUACAAUUUUAUUUUUUAACGCAUCUUCUGCCUUGCCACACCUGCUUUGGUGCAGAUACAAUCCGAUCUGCCACCUGUCGUAGUAUAUAUGCACAACCUGCUCAGAAUUAAAGUUAGGCUAGUUUAGAAAGGGUUAAGAGGAUAUAAAAUUGUUGACGGUGUAGAAUCUAAGUAGUUUAUGGUUUGUCAAGUACUUUUAUAAAGUUGUGCUUUGAUUGAAAGUAGAAAUUGAUUGACUUUGUACUUUCAAAUUCCAAAGUGUAUCUGAAAUAUGCUAAUAUGUAUUCUGGUUGACUACCACUGUACUAAUGGUUUUAUUCAUGGCAUUAUUAAAAAAUGCACUGAUAUGAAUAACAAAUUAAGUAACUCUAUUUAGAUCAAAAUAAAAUGUACAUGAAAUAUUGCAGCACAUCAAUAUAAAAUCAAAUUGUUCAUAACUACAACAAAUAUGUUUUGUUUUUACCAUAUGUUUACUUCAUGCUCUAUGUUUGACAGACAACAAAACCAAGCCUGUUUUACCAUAACGUUUUAACACUUGUCUGCCUCAAGGUAUAAACUAUCAACAUUAGCUCUCUCAAAGUAAGUAUUUCUAAACUGAACACUUUAUGUAGGUUUAUUCAUUUAUAUAUUAUGAUCUCAAAGAUCCAGUAUUUUUAUGUGUGCCUUAUUUGUUCAUGGAUCUUAAUAUCCAAACCUACUUUGCUAUUGGACCAGAGUCGUCUGAAGUUGACACACAUGAAUGUCCUUUUAGUUUUAUAGAAUAUGUUGACGAGUAUACGUACUUCUAGUUUCAACUUCGUUUAGUUCAAAAGUGCCAUGAAUAAAAACAGUGAAAUGUGACUUGUAAUGUUGAUUAUGUACAGGGUGUUCACAAAAGGGUGUCACAAACUACUAUGGCUGAUAGUACUCAUUGUUUCAAACAAAUGCUGCUAGCCGCCAUUGCUAGCAACAAUCAAUAUUAUGCGUUGACAGAUUAUGUUGGAAAGAGUUGUUGGAAUUGUUAUAAAAUCGCAAACUAGUUGGUGUCUUGUAAAAUUGUUAUAACCUAUUUAAAACAGCUGAUGCCUAUCAAAAGACAAAAUGUUUGCUGCUCCCGGCUUGUGCAAGCCUACAUUUAAAGUGGUCGUGCUAGCUCAUGCAUUGAAAGAUUUUGUUCAAACAAGUACCAUUUGAUUUCUGGUGAAAUUGUUCAAAUAGUUGUGUAGCAAAUAUUUUAUAACUAUACUGGUUUUUUUGUUAUUUUACUUCAAAAAUUUUAACAGACACCAUCUUGUUAAUAUCAAAUAAAUUAACACAAUUAUUUUUUUAUUUUCCUCUUAUCUAUUCAAACUUACUUGCCAUAUUUGAUUUCUUUAGCAUGAAUAGUUUUAUAGAUAAUAACAUUUUUAUAAAAAAUACAAAAUGGUGGCUAGUGGCUAAACGAGACAGUUCUCGAAAUAUGUUAUACGACAUUUUUUGUUUGAAAUAAUAAAUACUAUCAGCCACAGAAGUGUGUGACAGCCUUUUGUGAACACCCUGUAUAUAAUAGUUGAUAUUUUUUGUUACAUUUUCAGCAGCAAAUUUAUGCUGGCAAACGAGUAUUAUUUUUGUGUAACGGUGAGUUUUAUUAUCCGGAAAGUUUUGUCUCUAGUCUGAAAAGUUUUGGGUGAUUGUACUGUCUGAUCAGGAGAAAAGGAAACCUGUGUCUUUUUUCUUUUUGUAAUGUACUAUAAUGUAAAUUUCUUUCUCUUUGGUCAGACUGUACACGUAACUCCAGCAUCCUACAGUUCUUCUGUGUUUGGUUUAUGGAUGAGCACUUCUAUGUAACACCUUUCCCAGCAGCAAUUCAUUCAAAGGGAAUUUGUAGAAAGUUUGCUGUUUGUACAUGUAAACACUUGGAAUCCUUAGUGACUAGAUUGUACGAUGCAGAUUACACAAUCUGCAAGUCUAUGAUCGUGGGCAAGAAGUGUGUACAUGGCAGUGCUGCAGUUGUUUCAUAAAUAUGUGUUAUCACAGAGAAAGUCGUUAUGUAGAAUUUUACAGCGUAGUAUGCAUAGAAAACUCCACAUACCUUUAAAUCUAGCAAACAGUAUUUUUGUCUGGGAUUAGUUAUUACAUUUCUCAAUUAAUUACAGUAUUGUAAAUAAAUUCGUAGCUCAAACCUUAUUUUUAUACUAUGUUUUUGUCAAUUGGUAGUUUAUUUGGUUCCGAGUCUUGUUUUUACAUUAUUGAGUUUUAAAAUCUCAAAUCAUGAAAUGCUUGAUAGUGCUGAUAGACUGUUAGGAAGUUUUAGGCAUUUCCUGACGAGUGAAAACAUGAAAUUUGGAACUUAAAUGCGCAUUCAACGAAGGAUUUGUAACACAGUGAACUUUUAAGGACUUAUUUGGGGGGGGGGGGUGGAAUUUAAAUUCCCCAAAACUGUUCUAAAAAUGAAUUAGGGACAUUUUUAAAUCGCUAAACUUAAUACGUAAAAGUUUAAUAGACUUUGUAGACAUAAUACAACAAUGGGUAGUAUAAUGAAUAGUUUUUAUGUUAACAUACUGCAACAAAAUGGAGAAUAUUCUCAGUACUUAUAAACUGUUCAUUGGUGGUUAUUGCCACGAGGUUUGGUCCCUCCACCUCGGAUCGAUUUGUGUGCAGAGAGUGCAGCAAUUGUUGCUAAUAAAAUCUCUUCUGACAACGAAUGUAAAAUGUUCCAGAGGCUUCAAGGUUAGAGUAAGACGACACAAAGUUUCAUGUAGAUCUUUUACACGACAUGGGGAAUUAAACAGAACUAUACAUAUCGGAAGAUGAAUGCUGAAGUAAUGUUGUGCUUGAAAGGUUGAUUCAGCACACGUUGCUCGCAGGGGCCUAGUUCCGUUGCAAGGCUGUCGCUUGUUGAACACUAGACAAAAUCACCAUUAUUGCAGACUGUGAUACCCAGUCGGUGUCAAUGUUAUACUGUAAAUUACAUUUUGUGAACAUUUACCCAUACAGAACCCUUAGGAAUGUUGGUAGAUAAGUAAGAGUUUUUAUCACAUAUUCUAAAUGUGUUGAACUGAGAACACAUUGAAGUAUCCAUAGUGUCUAGCACUGUCUAGUCUCUUUGUUCAUUUUGUUUAUUAGAUUAGAGAACUUGGAAUUUAUACUUUCAAGUUAUCGACUUAAUCAUCUGAUUAGUUAGUUGUAAAAUUAAAUUUAUAAAAAAAGUGUUAUACAAGUGAUCUGUUACUUCUUAAAUCUAUAGUUUUUCACAGUUUAAUUUUCACGUUUUGUGGUUACCUUAGUUUACUGUAACUGAAUUGAUGUAUUUUUAGUUUUAAUAUGUUAUUUUGUAAUACUUUAAAUUGAAAUAAAUUCGUCUAGAAAGUC